AUGGCGGCGGCGGCGACUGCGGAGGCGGCGGAAGAUAUGGUGGCGGCGCUCGACGAGGAGACGCUGGCGCUGAUGGGGAUCAGCAGCGCCGCCACCGCGGCGCCGGUGGCUGUGGGCGCCGAGUGGGAGACGUUCAAGGAGAACGUGCGGCCGCUCAAGCGCGGGCGCGACGUGGCCAAACUCAACCAAGCGCUCAAGGCACACGCCGAUCCCGCCCAGCGCGCCGCUCUACUCGAAGCCCGCAAGAAGAUGAUUGAAGCAAUCGACGAGUACCAAGGCGAGGAUCCGCUCCAACCGUGGCUGGACUGCAUCAAAUGGGUCCAGGAGUCAUUCCCGACCGGCGGCGAGUGCUCGGGGUUGGUGGUGUUGUACGAGCAGUGCGUGCGGACCUUAUGGCACGACGAGCGCUACAAGGACGACCUCCGCUUCCUCAAAGUGUGGCUGGAAUACGCUGGGAAUUGUGCUGAUGCAGAGGUGAUAUACAGGUUCCUGGAGGCCAACCAGAUUGGGCAGGGCCAUGCCAUCUACUACAUGGCUUACGCAUCGUUGAUGGAGUCAAAGAACAAGUUGAGGAAAGCUAAUGAGAUCUUUGACCUUGGUAUAGCUAGAAAAGCGAAGCCCCUGGAGAAGUUGGAAGCUGUAUACAGGACAUUUCUUCGAAGAUCAACCAAAAAGAGGGAACAAGAGCCGGAUAAUACAGCAGAUGAUGAUCUGCCAAAACGCAGUUUCGGGACUAACUUGAAACGAGAUGAAAACAGAAAUCAGCAAGCAGGGAACUCCCAACUGGGGAGACCAAGGGCACUGCAGAGAAUCGAUGCUAACAGGCCGCUUUCAGUUUACAAAGAGGAGAGGCCAUUACCAAAUCAGGGCCUUGAUGGAGUGAGGAACAAAGAAAAUAACACAAGCUGGCGCACCCUCCCAACACAAGCAGAUCGGAACAAGGAAAAUAGCAUGAUGCCCACUAAAUGGACGUCUCACAAGAUUCCACGAAAGAUAGGAGCAAGAGGAGCAGUUCAGUCAACCCGAACCAGUUCUAUUGAGGUCUUCGUGGAGGAAGGCACUGCACAGGAACCUGCUCGGCCGGUGCCAAAGAGCCCAAAACCUUCUGUUCUGAAGCUCAGGCAAGCAACAAGCAAAAGCCUUAAGAAGGAAACUGAAUUGCUUAAGGAGAACCCGUUGCGCAACUUCCCCCUGAGCAGCCUUAGAUAA